CGGUUUUAUUUGAGUUCUCUUUAGAAAGUGACGAUUGGGGAGAAAGGGGAAGCGGUUGAUCAAUGCCCAGGUAGCCUACAGGAUGGCACCAGCAAGGCGGACGGUGUGGGUUCUUCUCGCGCUGUCGGGUGUUCUGAAUUUGCGCUCCUGCUGGACUUUCACUUGUCCGUCGAUUUGCAAAUGUUCAUUGAAGAGCGAUACAUGUUACAAAGACACGGGAGAUAAACUCAGUUGCACGAGGGAAACGCAACUGAGGUCCCAAGCCGCUCCAUCGUUUAUUCGAAACUUAAGACUAACUCAUCUGCCGUUGAAUGAAGUUCCAAGCAAUGCCUUCAGAGGACUGGUCAACGUGUCCAGAAUUGAGAUAUCUCAGAGUGACUGCACCAGGUACAUAAGAAACCAUGCAUUCCUCUCUCUCCACAGCCUAACUGAGAUACAGAUACAGAACAUCAGAAAUCUGAUCAGUAUAGAGAAGGGGGCCUUCACUGAUCUGCCCAAGCUGAGAUACCUGAGUAUCUGUAACACAGGAAUAAUACACUUUCCAGACUUCUCCACCAUCUCCUCCCUGGUCAUACUGGAGUACUUCUUCCUUGAGCUGGGAGACAACAUGCAGCUCCACAGUAUACCUGCCAAUGCCUUUCAAGGGAUCACAGAGGAGAGUGUGUACAUGAAAAUUAUAAAAAAUGGAUUCAAGGAAAUCAAGUCGCACGCUUUCAACGGAACAAAGCUGGAUAAACUGAUUCUGAAAGACAACAGGUAUCUGAGGAACAUUCAUGAAGAUGCCUUUGAGGGAGCAUCAGGGCCAACUGUGCUUGACGUCUCCUCCACAGCUCUCGACACACUCCCCCGUCAAGGUUUGGAACAUUUAAAGGUCCUGAUUGCCCGUUCUACCCCCUACCUGAAGACUCUACCUCCUCUAGAAAGCCUCCUAGAGCUGGAGGUGGCAGAGAUUACUUACCCCAGCCACUGCUGUGCCUUUCACACCUGGCGACGCAAAGACAAUUUCUACAGGGACCACUCGGCAGACAAUGUGACAGACCUGUACGACAUCAACCUCCAAUACCCAGACCUGCAGCUGAGCCUGUGUCCUGGACCCUUCCAGUGCACCCCGGAGUCCGACGCCUUCAACCCCUGUGAGGAUCUGCUGGGAUACUCCUUCCUCCGUUCAGUCACCUGGCUCAUCAUUGUAUUCGCUGUGGCCGGGAACAUGGCCGUGCUGGUCGUACUGAUCAUCAGCCACCAGAAGCUCAAUGUCUCUCGGUUCCUGAUGUGUAACCUGGCCUUCGCAGACCUCUGCAUGGGGGUCUACCUCCUCCUCAUUGCAGCCAUGGACUACCACUCACGCAAGGAAUACUACAACCACGCCACGUUCUGGCAGACGGGUGCGGGCUGUGGUGUGGCGGGGUUCCUGACGGUGUUCGCCAGCGAGCUGUCGGUCUACACGCUGACCAUUAUAACGUUAGAGCGGUGGCACACCAUCACUAACGCCAUGCACAAGAACAAAAGGCUGCGGCUGAGGCAUGUGGUAGCCAUGAUGGCUGGGGGGUGGGGCUUCUCCCUAUUGGCCGCUCUGCUUCCUGUCCUCGGAGUCAGCAGCUACACUAAGGUGUCAAUCUGCCUGCCCAUGGACAUCGAGUCCCUAGCCUCCCAGGUGUAUGUUGUAGCCCUCCUCCUCCUCAACGUCACUGCCUUUUUCAUCAUCUGCUGCUGCUACGUACGCAUCUACCUGUCCAUCCACAACCCCGACCUAGCAAUCCGCCACGGUGACUCCAAGAUCGCCAAGCGCAUGGCCGUCCUAAUCUUCACCGACUUCAUCUGCAUGGCACCCAUCUCUUUCUUCGGCAUCUCGGCGGCUCUCCGCAUGCCCCUCAUCACCGUCUCCCACUCCAAGAUCCUGCUCGUCCUCUUCUACCCAAUCAACUCCCUCUGUAACCCCUUCCUCUACACCAUCUUUACUCGAUCGUUUCAGAAGGAUAUACGUUUGUUGUUGAGUCGCUGUAGUUUUUGCCAUGCCAGAGCUGAGUUCUACAGGGCACAGAACCUGGAAGCACACACUAUACCGCCUAAGGGUAGUACUACGUCCCCCAGAAAACAUCACUCUUUCAGGUUCUACACCUACCACAUCAAGAUGCAAGGAUGCUUUCUCUGCGAGGGAGGCGGAGCAACAUGACUAGUCUCAGUAAAUCAGAACUGUGGGUAAAAUCACAUUUUAAGCCAAUAGUUGAAUGACAACGAAAACAAUUGUCUGUAAAAAUAUAUAUAUAUAUAUAUACAUAACCAGUCAAAAGUUUGGACAAACCUACUCAUUCAAGGGUUUUUCUUUAUUUUUUCUA